UCGAACAAUCUCGGCGAAUCCCUCAACGAACCUUAAUUUAAUUGUUUUUUGUUUUUAUUUUACGUUGACAUUACUUGCCUGCAGUGCGUGUUUGUGUAUCUCAAGAACUUUAACCAGAAAAUGCAACAUCGGCAUCAACUUCUGGGCCUGGCACUCGUGGCAGUGGCCAUAGCCUCCCUGCCCCAACUGGUUGCAGGUAAAAAGAUCGAGAAGCGUUGUCUCAACUGCUCGUACCGCACGUAUUACACAUACGGCGACGGGCGCGCCCUGCAGCGGGUGGUCUAUAGGGAUCCGGUCUACACACGUGCACAGUCUUAUGGCUGCAGCGGCAGUCCCUGUGGAGUGAACGCCGUCUGCCAGGAGGCCUCCGGCGGUAGGCCGGUCUGCUCCUGCCCGCCUGGGUUCAGCGGCAAUCCGCUGACGCACUGCAAUCGCGGCGAGUGCCUGGACAAUGUCGACUGUCGCGGUGACCUGCAGUGCAAGGACAAUCGGUGCGUUAAUCCCUGCGUUGGCGCCUGCGGCAUUGGCUCCAACUGUGACGCCCGCAACCACGUGGCUGUGUGCAGCUGCCCUGCGGGCUACAAUGGCGACCCAUACCAUGCCUGCCACCUCAAUGAUCCAGAGGAACAGUGCCACCCCAGCCCCUGCGGCGUCAACACCAAAUGCGAGAUCAUCAACGGUGUGCCCACCUGCUCCUGCGUCCACGGCUACCUGGGCAAUCCGCUCAGCGGCUGCCGGCACGAGUGCGAAUACGACGGCGACUGCAGCAGCCGGGACAUGUGCAGCAACUUCAAGUGCGUACCCUCUUGCGGACAGUGCGGCACCGGUGCCACCUGCCGGACGGUGGCCAACCAUCGGGCUGUGUGCGAGUGCCCAAAGGGUUACAUUGGCAGCCCGUACACCGAAUGCCGGCCAGAGUGUUACGGCGACUCGGAUUGUCCGGCCGGAAGGCCCGCCUGCUUCUAUGGCAUUUGCAAGAAUACAUGUGAGGGAGCCUGCGGCGUUGGCGCCGACUGUAACCUGCGGGGUUUGACGCCCGUCUGCAGCUGUCCCCGCGACAUGACCGGCGAUCCCUUCGUCCGCUGCCGACCCUUCACCAAGGAGGACCUCUGCGACCCGAAUCCGUGCGGCACCAAUGCCAUCUGUGUGCCUGGCCACGACAACACAGGCCGAGAGCGGCCCGUCUGCAACUGCCUACCCGGUCACACAGGCAACCCGCUGAGCCACUGCAGCCGGGGUGAGUGCCUGAGCAACAACGAAUGUCCCGACCAUCGGGCCUGCAUCAACUACCAGUGCAUCGAUCCCUGCAUCGGCAAGUGUGCCACGGGCGCCAGCUGCGAGCCCAAGGCCCAUUUGGCUGUCUGCCGCUGUCCGGCCGGGCAGUCGGGCGACGCCCUUGUCUCCUGCCGCCAGACGCGCACCUUCCCGGUGGCCAAGUACCACUGAGCAGAAUGCAGAGUGGAGGAGCCACUGCAGCCGCACUGCCUGCCAGUCCCAGUCACUUUUCCAUCCCUGUCUGACCUUCCCCCCUUUAUGUUUCUCUCUUUCUUGUACUAGUCGUUGAUUAACCUCGAUAUUCUGCUCAAAAAAAAAAAAAACACCGAAAAAAAUAUAUAAUACAAAUUUAAAUAA